AUGGCCCUCGGCGCAAAUCGUUCCGCGAACAUGUCUUCCGGCCUCUUACUUGAUCAUAUGCCGUCGCCGUCCUCCGAACCCGUCACCGUCGGUCCGAGAUUUCGACCGUACGCGAGUCCAAACCACCAUGUUACAAAAGGACGUUAUAUUACAAGUAACGAUCCCCGUGGCUACAUACCUGUGCACGAGUAUCCUUUGAACGGUCAGUGGAUUAUGCUCGACAUGGACGAUGGCUACGUCCUGUGGACCGGGAUAUGGAAGGCGCUGGGUAAUUCUAAAGCGGAUAUCGUUAAAAUCGUCGAGUCACAGCCGGAUCUUGCUUCGCAGUUGCGUAGAGUCCGGGGUGGCUACCUCAAAAUUCAGGGCACAUGGAUGCCUUAUGAAACUGCUCUACGACUAGCCCGACUUGUGGCUUGGCCAAUACGCUAUGAUCUCGUACCUCUGUUUGGCCCGACAUUCCCAAGUACGUGCCUCUCGCCUGAUCAGCCUGGGUACGGUCAGAUCGUCAAGCCUGGCAGUGGUAAGCGCAGGUCGCGACGUACCACGCAAAAUGACAUUCCUCCGGACUCCAGGCAUGAGUGGACCGUUAUCUCUCCUACCCUCGCUGCUUCCGCGUCAACCUCCAGCGCUUCUACUCGCCCUCAGGCAGUCAACUCUGCAUUGUCUGGUCGUGAGCUGAGCCACUCGCACCAAUACCAGGCUGGUUCACCGGUGAUGCUGCACGUCCCUUAUGCGCAGGGUGCCUAUCACACUCCUCCACCCAUGAACGGGUUACAUUCUCCUUAUGCCCAGGCGCACCGCCACUCUCCGCCACUUGAUAUUCGAACCAACAUCCGCUAUUCUCCUUACCCUAGCUCACUCUCGAGCCCACCUGCCGUCUACGAGGUUGACGUUCGGCCCAUGCAUUUCGAGUCGAUAAAAUUACCCUCAAUACAACCGCCAACGGGGAGGCUGGGAAACAACCGUUCGGGGUCAUUUACACUACCACCAAUAUCGUCGUUGGAUCUGCGUGAAGGUCAGCGCGUUGACGACUCCUUCACUAUCCUCAGGCGUUUGCGGUCAGAUGACGAUGCGGACGUUGCGGGCGGAAAGUCGACCGUCGCUCAGGCCUUGCACAGACGGUGCGUAGGUCCUCCGCCAGAGUACAGCACCGGACGGCAGUUUUCUCAAAUAUCGGACUUGACUUCGGCGUCGCCUUCCGCUCCGUCGACGUCCUCAUCAAACCGCAGUGGCGGUUCGCGCACUGGUGCCAGCUCGCGCGGAGAGCCCGCACCUCACUUGGCCCCCUUUUCUGGCGAGGCACGACAUGUACACAUGCCUGUUACCACAUCCUCGGCCUGGGAGCAGCGCGCCCCGCCCCUACCACCCUCGGCACGCCAAGCCGAUAAUGUACCCGAGCCCGCCCGACAUGCAUGGCGACCGUGGUGA